GCUCUGUUAGGAUUCCAGCCCCCCACUCCCGGCGCUCCGCCCUUCCUGACUGCAGACUACGUUUCCCAACGGCCUUAGGGCGGCGGGGCGGAAGGCGUGCUGUGUUUCGGAGCAUGGCCACCGGGGAGCUGGGCGGCAGGUCGGCUGAGAAGCUCUUCUCCCUGAGCGGGUUGUUCGCUGUCUACAAGCCCAAGGGGCGCACCUCGGCCGCCGUGCUCAACCUGCUGAAGGAGAGGCUGCUGGCAGAAGCUGGUGUGCAGACAAAACAUAACAAAAGGAAAAGGCAAGCCUUGAAAAUUGGACAUGGUGGAACUUUGGAUAGUGCAGCUACAGGAGUUCUGGUGGUUGGUAUUGGAAAGGGAACAAAAUUGCUGAAAACUAUAUUGGCAGGUUCCAAGAAGUACACUGCCAUUGGACUACUGGGCAGAGCUACUGAUACGUUAGAUGCUACAGGAAAAGUAACUGAAGAAAAGCCUUAUGACCAAGUAACAAAAACAGAUCUUGAGAAUGUGCUGCAGAAGUUCACAGGGGACAUAAUGCAGGUUCCUCCACUCUAUUCUGCUUUGAAGAAGGAUGGAGAAAGGCUAUCAACUUUAAUGAAGAGAGGAGAAGCAGUGGAAGCAAAGCCUGCUCGGCCAGUAAGAGUCUACAGCCUCUCUCUGCAACAGUUCCAGCCACCACUGUUCACACUGGAUAUUGAAUGUGGUGGCGGCUUUUAUGUCAGGAGCCUGGUCAGUGACAUUGGCAAAGAACUUUCAACCUGUGCCAGCAUACAAGAGCUGACCCGAACCAAACAUGGACCGUUUACGCUGGAGGAGCACGCGCUUCAUGAAGACAGAUGGACAAUUGAUGAAAUUGCACAAUCCUUAGAGCAUUGCAUGUCUCUUUUCCCAGGAGAGCAAUCUCAUAAAAAAUUUAAGACAGAGCUUCCUGAAGAAACUGCUGUGAGCCGUGAAGAUAAGUGAUAAGUUGGGUCAAGGGAAAAGACUGAAUGAUUGAGACGUUUUUAGAUUGGAUUGGGAUUGUCUUGCCUUUUGUGUAAAUUUUCAGGUCUGUGUGAGGAGGGUGACAAAAUGCAGUGUGAGACAAAUGGUUCUUUUGUUUUCUGAGGCUCAAAUAUGCACUGAAAACAUCCAGUGCCUGCUGCUCUCUGCUCUGUUUAUUUCUCUCAUUACAUCCUGUAAAUUGUUCUGCCACUGACGUCAAGUCUGCAUAAACUUUUAAAGAACUUAUAGGGUGCCCUACAGCUGUUGUUACUAAUCCUUCAAUAAAAAAUUACAAACCUUAGGAUUUACUGAAUGUGCUCCAAAGAAAACCCCCUUUUUUUCCUUGACAGAUGCUUCCAAACACUGGAGUACCAUGGUGACAGGACUUUCAUAGCUGCAAGGGUAUAUAAAUGUGGAGUGGCAAUUUGUUUUCUUGAAAUCCAUUUGGAAAAUGCCCACUCUUCUGUAGUUUUUGCUAUGCAGAUUGUUCUUUCAGUCGAAUGUAAUCCAGAAUGCAUUAAACCUAAAUGCUGAUGUUUCAGGUGAGGUCUGAAAUGGAGUUAUAAGUGAAUAGUUUACAAAUUCAAAGAGUCUGUAAAGGUAAUUGUUAUGUAACUAGUGCUCUGAAAGGUGCAUUCAUCAUUACAGGUAUACAUAUCGUAUUCUUGUAUGAUGUCCUACAUGUUGAUAAUCUGUCAUUUCAAGUACAGUCAACUGCUUUGCCUUUCAUAGUAGGGCUUUGGGAGUUGAAUUCCACAGAGCAGGACUUGAAGCUGUGUGGGCAGCAGCGGGGUCCAACAUGGAGAUACUUGAAACCAUUUUGGUUUGCUGGGGCAGUGAAUGCUUGUUUAAUAGUUUGCAUAUUCAACAGAAUUUGAUUGCACUGAUGAUUUCUCAAUGAUGCUUCCCUAGAGGUUCUCAAAAUGACUAAGAGAGGGGGCUGCUGGUGUUUAAAACACACCCAGAUUGUUCCUGUCUGUCUACCAGACUGUCCAGACAGGGCUUUCAUAUUUGUCCCCGUUCAACAAUCCUGUAGCACAUCUACUUUUCUUCUGUCAUGAUGAAUGAAAGGAAUAGUUUUAUCACGUGAAUAUCUGGGAUAAAGCCCUGCAUUUGAAAUAGUCACUGAAAUGCCGAACAAGAGGAGUGGAGUGGCUGCAGUUCCAUGCUGCUUGCUGGCCAGGUUGUCUGCUGUGGCAUUGCAAAACUCCUGCACCAUUAGCAUCAAUUUUUGGUUCUGGACUACGGCCACUCCGUUCUCUUACUCUAGUGACUGAAUAAUGGGAAUGCAACAUGGGUUAUAUCUUGUGGGCGUGUCUUUCAUGGAUGUGAAACUUUGAUUUAAAGACUCUGUGUUACUCACGUUGCUGCUUUCCAUGGUAAGUUGCCUUGAUAGCUAAUUACCUAAUUACCUCUAUUGUAUGAAAUAAAUGACAUUUUAGACCCAGUCAGAAAAUCCACAUGCUGCAAUUUACAUCUCUGCACCUUACAUAAAGCAGCUUUCUCUAUGUGCUGGUGUUAUGUGAAAUGAUUAAGUUCCAACUUGGCUUUCAACUUCAGAAAAGAAGUAAAUAUCCUGAAGUUUUUAUCGCAAGGUACGUUUCCAGACAAGUGUGGUUUUUAUUUGUUUGCUAUAAAAUAAGGAACUCAAGUCUCUGCAAGAUUAAUGAAGCUCUCUUUUGAUUGUUUUUGGAGGAGGAUAGAGCUUAUCUUGUGUAGUCCAGUAAACAGUUUUCUUCUUUUUAUGUAUUCUUAUAAAGAACUUAAGGGGGAAGCAUUGAAAAUGCUGCACACACAUCAGUGUUAGAGCACUGCAGCAGUACCGUGCUUAAUGUAGAAUGUGGAUGAAGUAACUGUGAUAAAAAAUCUUGAUAUAAGAACUGGAAGAAGAGUUGUGCUAAGUGAGACUGCAGGGCGAUUCUGGGUGUUUCUUUUAGGGAUUCUUUGUGGUACUUGGAGUUGAAAUAGAGAAGAAAAUUUGUUUUAAAGAAAUAAAGCAGAUAAUUUCAUUUUUUCACAAUACUUAUCUUGAAUCAUCAAAGACUUUGGAAUGCACAGUCUCUUAUUGUUCAUAUCUGUCUUUCUUCAGGAACUUAAUAUAUAUUAUCCCAGUGGUUUUCUAGAUGGAAUAAGUUCUCAUUUUCCAUAUGAAGCUUUCUGUGCUUUUAAGAAUAGCUCAGUAGAUCCAAUGCUAUUAUUCUACUUGUUCCAUCUACUGGGAUUGGUUCCUUUACAAAGGAGUGUAACUGAGAAAUCUUGCUAUUAAUAGGGUGCGUUUGUGUUUGUGUGUAUGUAUAUAUAUAAUGCUGUCUUGCACAUUUCAUUUUUCAUCCAUUUGUUUAAUGCUCAGCAUGGCUUUCUUGCUGUUCCAUGUGAGACCCCCUGAUAUUUUUAAUUUCAAAGGAAAAUAUCUUCAGCAGCUUUUAGGUUAGCUUGCUGCUGGUCUCUUGUAAUUAUUGCCUACAGACCUGUGAUCCUGAGAGACUCUAUUCUGUAGUUACUUACAUGGGAGACAUGAAUUGGUUGUCAGAAGAAUGCAUCCUGACGAAAUCAGCAAGCUGUAGUUUGGUCCACAGGUCCUAAUGCAAGGGGAGACAUGGAAUGCAGUUGUUCAUGUUCAGAAAUCCGUGUAAGGAGUAUAGACAGUGUUACCAAAGACUGAUGGCCCUUUCAGUUUAUGAACACAACUUCCCUAAAGGCUUUUAUUCCUCUGUAGGGAAUAGAAUUUCACCAGCUCCUGCUUAACCUUUUGUGGGGGGGAGAGAGAGAUCAUCCCCAACCCUAGGUUCUGUCACCUGCUGAAAUACUCAUAGAACUUUGUAUCAAAUUAACGAACAGUCUAUUUCCGGAUGAAUUGUAUUAUACUGUGGAAGCUAUUUUACUUACAGUUUGGCUAGAGAGUAUGCUUGGUUGUAGCUGUGAAUGGCCAGAUAGCAUGCAAAGUGAUGGCAGACAUAAGAUAGCUGUCUUUAGACAGCGUGGCAUGAAACCAUGAGCAAGUAAUGCAAUAACAGCUUAUUUUUUUGUGAGCACAGGUGAGUAUCAGGUCUGUUCCAGCCCUUAACAGUUGAGAUUCUUCCCAUUGUCUUUCCUGGGUGCUCAGCCUCACAAGUGUGCUCUUUCCUGAGAAACUGCUUUAGUGUCUUUUUCCCUUUGAGUCAUUAGACCAAUGAGUAGUAGCCAGGAGGCCACUGAAAUAUAAACAAAUAGCUUUUUAUAGAUGUGUUUUAAUGAGUGUGUAAUCCUGUAUCUUGAAACUUUCCAGAUCUGAAAGUGUUGUGUUCCCAUGGGAACCUAGGGAAAUAUUCUCUCUUUUUAACUCCUUAUUAAGAUGCACAUCCCUGAGGUAUCAGCCUGAGGAACUGUGAUACAUCCAGAGGAAGACUUGAGCUUUCCCAGAAGGAAAUCAUAGAUCUUGUUUACUGACAAUCAUGAUAUCUGAAGAGUAAGGGGCAUUUAAAGUGAGAGGAAAAAGUGCAGAUAUGUUUUUUCUGAGCCCAGUAGAAAAGCUGGUACUGGGUGCCCAGCUGAGGGUAUUUUAUGCACGAAGGGUAGUUAGGAAUUGUAUGCUCUGGCCAUAAAAUAUGUCUGUCUCUGUGAUUUACUGCUGAAGUACUUCAGUGACGCAGGCUUGAGGAUUUGUGUCAUUUUGAUGAGCAUUGUUCAUGGAGAAAAUCCUGUUUCAAAAAAAAAAAUGAUCCUGCAUUUUGACAUGAAUGUUUUCCCUCUUGAGUUAGGAUUCGUGAUCUUUAGUCCACAGCAUUAUGCUCCUUUAGUCUGGCCUUGUCUCUGCUGCCAGUGCUGGUGCUGCUUCAAUGAGGCUGAUGAUGGCUUUGUCAUUUAUCUCCUCCUAAUGUCCCUGCUGGGCAGGGUCUCUUUCUUCCUGCUUUAAAUGGUAGCUUUUCUAUGUGCGUUGUAAUAUUUUUCUGCUGCCAGCAUGCUGAGCACUUUUAAAAUGUUUUUAAGUAAGAUCAAUAGGAUCUUUUUUCUUUUUUUCUUUUUUAACACAUAUUCAUCAAACCAGAGCCAUUAGUGAAAUAUUCUAGGAGCGCCUUCAUCAAUAACUAACAUUUAGCAUCUUGCCCUGCAGUACUGUUUUUGAUUUAUAUGUUUAUUAGAAGAAAAUAAAGUCAAACAACUUUGAAUGGCUCAUCAGAUUUUGGGGUACCUUAGAAUUUUAUAUUCUUAUCUUUGGUGUAAUAAAUGGUCAAGUUGCUGUUU